AUGAGAGUUGUUGCUUCAGGAGCAGAAGUAGCUGAGGGAGCUUCGUCGUCCCGUGCAGGUUCACGCAGGAACGUCCUCGACGGUGUCAACUUUCACACAUAUCUCGAAAGUUUCCUAGACCUCAUUCACUUUGCGUAUUUGAAUGCGGUCCCAUUCUCAUGCCGUGAGCUGCAAUGCUUGCGGAAGCUCUUCCAGACUGACGGAAACUUCGAGCCUAAAGUUUGGGUAGCGGAGUUUUUUUCGUCACUGCAGACAGAUACGGCGAUACCUCUAAGUGAUUUGCACAUGGUUCGGCACAAUUGCGAAACCUUCUGCCACGUUUGUAACCUAAAUUUGGGCGUUGUUCAUCCGCUUUGGCGAGACCGAGUCUGGAAGCAUCAUCUUGGCACUGCAAUGCACACACUUGCCCUGCAGCACAUAUCGUGGAUGACCGGUGAGCCUUUUAUGGUGGAUCGAUUAGUAGAUCUGGAUCGACGUCAUGUCUAUGUCUAGUAGAUCUAGAUCGAGAUCGACGUGUCUACCUAAUAGAGCAGCCUUUUUGUCGCCUCUUGUUUUAGAUUUAUGCGUCUCACUGUGAAUAAGAUGCUGUGCUUUGAUGUGCUUGUGUCCAUAGUAUGAACAUGGCUACAAAGAUCAGUCGUCUUGUAGUUUUUUUUCAUGUGAAGCCCCAGCAUCGAUGAGGUCAAGCAGAUGGCAAAAUCUGUGGAUCGACUCCCUCCGAAGGAAACAGUUCCCCAAUUUUGGUGCGAUCGUUGUGCCGAGACGGAAGACCAGGCGGCUGAAAUAUUCGGGUAUAAGCAGAAAAGCCAAGAAGAUGAGGAAAAGAGCAGCGAAGGGCCAGCACUACCAACCUCAGGCACAGGAUCGGGCGUCCUCACGUCGAGGUCGACAGAUCUAGUACUUUUAUUUGCCUGCUUACGACUACCGACUACGAUUAGCACUUUUUUGAUUUGGUUGAUAAAGUUGUAAGUCCUUCUUAGAAACAAAGCACAUGAAAAGAGCGUCGUGAAGUUGAUACCGAAAGUUCAGCUAUGUAUGUUUCUUUUUCUUCCUUUGAUCUCGUCGUCAUCUCGAAUACACGACAGCACCUUGCCCAAUAUCCAAACUCAUCAGGUACAACAACCAGCGCCCGUUCUUGACGAAAAGCUGCAGAUCUAUCACUAUGGUGCUUAUAGAGGGGACUUAGUUCAAGACAAACGAAAACUUUUCGGAGAAUUUCCGGACGUGCUAUCACCAGGCCAAUACUUAUGAUGGACAAGGCUAAAAAAUUGUCGAAAGUAGGAAAGUAGAGCCGCUAUCUAGAAAGUGUUAGACAGGAACCAGGCUCAAUUAUUGCCCUCAUUCGAUAUAAUUGCAGCUUCCCGCUGAGUCUGCGUCAGUAAUAAUUCUUCUUGUGGUCAACAGGAUCUUCACCUUGAGUCUGCAACUCGAAUUCCUUCUGUGAUCAUGAUCUUCAGCUUCAUUUUGUGUGGACGAAAUUGUUGCAAAAUCGCCAACGGUGCAGCAUAAGACGAAACUCUGCGAGCAUCGUGAAGUGUUGGCGGAGGCCCCUCCCUGGAGUGUCGCUGGUGUGUACGUGCGCAGCAUUCUUGUUUUAAGGCUCACCCUAAUCCAUCCUCGGAAGCAUCUUGGGCGCGUUUUCAAGGGAGAAGGGGGCUCAAGGCGCGCCUCAGGAUGGACACGGGUGGGCUCUAAUUGUUCCAAAGAUUCGGGCACUGAGCCAACCAGGCGCGAACCGUGACACGCUCUCCACCUCGCUCUACGUUGGUUGUUUCGAGAUCAGUGUCGACGAAGAGCAGCAGCUGUUGGAUCUUCAGCGUAGUGCAUCCGAGAAGCACAAACAUGCAAAGGAGGGCAACGGGUUUGGUGCCUCGACGUCUUCCACCAGUAGAGACGCAGCAGCAUCAACUGCAGAAGGCGAAGAUGAGCUAGCCACCCUCCGUGACAGGCUCAAGGACAUCCGAGACAAUAUGAUGUAUGGCGCUUCAUCUCGAGAACUUCAGUCCUCGUGACUUUCUUCGAAAUUUGAAGGGGUUGUAGAACAAGGCGCGAACCAACAGAGUGGCUUUGUACUUUGUAUAACACUAAGACCCGUAGCUAAAUUUUUUUAGCUUUCAUAGUUAAUAGUCGUGUCUAAUUCCACCAAAUAAAAGACGAGUCCGCAUGGCUUUGGCGCGAGCCAUCGCAUGCAUGGAUUAACGAGUUUGGUUACGCCGACAGUCCUCGAAGGCUGCGAGAGCGCCUCCUAGCUCCCCUCUGGUUUGAGAAGCAAGAGCUGUGGGUGGAUGCUGCAGGGGGUAGCGGGCAGGGCCAGGACAAUUGGUAAGGCGCUCGAUAAAGACAACUAGAGCUAUACACUUUUCGCAACUACUAGAAAUAUAGCUAUACACUUUUCAUCUAGUUAGUUUGUUUUAACAGGAGCUCCUGUUUUUUAAGGCGAUACAAACAUAGUAGAACUAGAGGCGCUAAUCUUGGAAUUGGUACGAGGACGACGGAAACAGAUUGCGGUCGCCGUUCUAUUGUCCGCUCACGCAGUCUUUGGGCAACUGCGACUACGAUCAAUGGAGCAUCUUUACGGCCCUAAGCAUUCUUUCACCUGAAAAAUUUCCCUUCUGCUCUGGUUUCCAUCAUCAUUAUUUUUUUACAUGAUAUUGAAAUUGAUGUUGAUCGAUAACUAUCAUCAGAGCCGUCUCCCUUCUCUUUUUACGAUUCACUGCAUCGCCUUCCACGAUUUUCCUUGUCCACGCCUUCCACAACUUCGGAAAUCACUAUGUAUGAGAAGAGGGAGCCCGCGUUGUCUCUGUCUGCCGAGUCGAUUAUAGUGGUCGAUCAUGAUCUUGAUCUUGCUUUGAAUAUUAGCUCUAAGAUUUCUGCCGACUUCCUCCAGGCGAAGCUGAGCUAUCUGGCACUUUACGGAAAUUGGCGCCUAAGCGAGGCACAGCGGCCCGUGCCAUCCAGGAGAAUAUCGGGGGAGGAGAAUCGGCACAAGCAGUUCUUUGCUGACAAUUACAUCCUCGAUUUUCACUUCUCGACUGUGUAUCGGCCAAAGUCUGUCAAGCUGUUCGACUGCGGAUGGGAAGUACUAUAAGUAUAUAUCGGAAAGUGAUCGUCUACUUCGCAUAGAAGUCGUACUAUCUUGCAUGAAUAAGAUCAACAUCAAGAGACUUCCUCUGUCGUUACUUGAAAAUGGAUUGCUUUCUCAAGCGGAGGCAGAUGAGAGCAGAUCGAUUUUUUUCAUGUUUUCUACCAUCACCUCAAUCUUCAAUUACAGAUGGAGCGGCCAGGAGUUGCAGCAGUAGCCUCAAACGCGAAGGGGCCCCCUAUGAGAGCCCCCACGACUGGUUCAACAACCGAGAAUGCGGAUCGCAAGCUGACUGAGCAUCUUGCUUCGACGAACGCGCCCACUGCUGCUGCUGCUGGUGUGUCGCCUGAUGCUACUCCUCGUCGGAGCAAGGUUGGAUGCGAACAAAGUGGCGCGUCAAAGUCAUUGCUCGGCGCGACAUCAAUUGUUGCUCCGGCACCUGCGGGCACGGCGGGCAACGCGGAAGACGCGACUGCGACGCACCAGCCACGACUCGGUAAUGCGGCAAAUACACCAUCUCAGGCAGGCACGUCAGCGACUGAAGAAGUGCCGUAUCCACCGCACGAGGAGAGUCGACUAUUCACAGACGGCAACAUCGACGCAAAUACCCCGUUUAUCGUGUUGCGGGUGUUUACAAAAGCGCACGAUGUGCGAAGUGUGUCUGUUGCCACUCUAAUAGAGGACGCGAUCAUUGGGCCUGCUUAUUUGCGGCAUGACCGCGAUGAGCCGCGGUCUCCAAGAAAGAGAAGAAGAAGCUCCCAGCAGCGAGGUCGUGGAGGGAGUUCAUCAUCCUCGUCGCGAAAGAAUGACUGGGGCAAAGAUUGGAACGGCUUCAAUAGGAGGAGUACCCAUAACGCAACUCGUUCCGCUCGUGCUACUAGUAAUACCGAGCUGGGGACGCGCGAAGACUUCCACAACUGGAAGAGCUUUGACAAUCAUAAGGCGAAAAUCGCUGAAGCGGCAAAUGCAGUCACCGGUGGCGACGCUACGGCUGGCAUUUGGGCUGAAGAUGAUGAGGACGAGAGUGAGGCUGAAAAUUCGCUCCCAAGUAUCUUUUUUCGACGCUGCACGCCCAUACCGAAAGCAGCGAGGCACUCAAUGAAUGCGUCCCGACACCUAAAGCGGAGCUCUGCAGCGCCGGCCUUCUCCGCCCAGGACCUUCUCCGCGUUGCCUGUCCAUCCAGCUUCAACGAAGCGUCCCAUUAUGUUGAGGAACGAUAAAGCCACUUACUUAAAUAAAGGAAUUAAGCACUGUUGAAACAACAAUAAUCAAUCUUGAUUCAAAGUAGACGUGCAGAGUUGUCGUCUUUGUCGAGGACUUGCCACCACGUGAUCAUGACGUUUAGCCCCAUGCCCCGUGUUUUUGUGCGUCAUACUUUUUAUCUAGCAAUAAGUUGCCAUCUUCAUCAUUCUCGACCUUUUUUCUAGUUCUCUUUCAUACAGCCCAGCACAUGCGAGACGCGUACGAAUACCGAUCGCUCGUGAUACCCUUGAACGCCGCUAAUCCUGAUAUGAUUCCGUGGUGGUUUAUUUUAAAUGGUCAUAUAUCCGGUCAGCAGGAGCAGGACCACGACGAGACGAGGCAGGAGCAACAGCGAGGCGUAGCCUGGAUUCCAGGAGAGAACCUGCCUCCUGUGCCAAAUCCUGACCAUGAGGGAAGUGUCAGCUUGGUGACUGGCUGCGCUGAGGUGCAGACUGGGCAUGCGCGCCGACGCGCUGCGGCUUCAUAUUUUCGCGCUGGGUACGUCACGGAGAUCUUUUUCGACCUUGAUGGAGAGCAGGAGCUACGUCCACCACGCAGCAGAUUCACCGUUCAGGACUACUGCUUACAGGCGUUCGACGGCAUGCUUCCGAGCGACACAAAGACGAAGGAC